AUGGCUCAGUGGUUUGAAGAAGAUGAUUCUUGCAAGGAAGGAAAUAUUUUCGAAGAUGCAAGUAGUGAAGAAUCAGCCAAUGAAUCUGCAGAUGUGAAUAUUGAAGCAGAUGACAGUCCUUCCGAUAAUAUUACUUCAUCAGAGUCUGAAAAUGAAGAACCACCACAAAAAGAUGAUAAAUUUCUAUAUUUUGCAUAUGGUAGUAACCUCUUGGCUAAGAGAAUACACAUGAAUAACCCAACAGCUGUUAGGACUGCUAAGGCCAAACUUGCGGAUUAUCGACUUGAUUUCGGAAACUGGUCUCGUCGCUGGAAAUGUGCUGUUGCCACAAUUGUUCCUGAUCAAGGAAAACAUGUAUGGGCAGCUGUUUGGCAAAUAGAUAAAUCCGAUAUGGACAACUUGGACAGGUAA